GUCUGUUUGCGCUACUUCCUGUUCAAAGUCCAGCUGAGAGGUUGGAGUGAAAACAUAUUUCACUCUGGAUAUGUUUUUGUUACAGCCUUAUGGUUCAGUUUUUAUUUGUCGUCUCGCUUUUUGAGAGUAUUUAGCAAACAUGCAGCAGUCUGUGGAGGCUUUGGUGAAGGUGCUGGAGACGUACAGAGGAAGAGAUAAAAUAGUAAGUGUUCAUUUCUCAAUUAUAACGGGUGUAAAUACACACACCAUGCUGUUUUCCUAACUGUUCUGAGAGCACACACUUGUCCUUGUCUCUUUUAUCUAGUGUUUGUUUUGUCUGCUGUAUGACUUAAAUCCAGACAUUUUCAAGCACUUAUCAGCAGCACUUCUUUAAUAAUUAACUAAUCACAUAUUUACAGGAUAAAAAAAAGAAAAGUUCAAUUUGUUCUGAUUUCAGUUUUUCCGGCUUUAUCUAACUCAUUACUAAAAUGAUUACAUUUCAACUUUGUGUCACAUAAAAUUGUCUUUUGCUGUUUAAUUAACCAAAAUCUCCACUGUAAGAAAAAUCAGCACAUUUACCAGCUUUGAAAAAAUAAGAAAAUUGACACCUGAGAUGCUGGCCUUAAAAGGGGAGGGAAACCAAUCCCUUUCAAAAUCCUCCUGUUUUGCAUGUAAAUAUAUCACACCACCAUGAUAAAUGUGUUCAGCUUCUACAUCUUAGUAGUCAACCUAUUUUCUGUGGUUUCUUGGGGUUGACUGGUUGUUUCCCUGACCUAUUUUUGGUGCCUUUAUUUUGCAUUUGGUUGAUCGUUGGGUUGAUUAUCUGUAUCAUUAUGUUUUACCAUAACAUCAUUAUAAAUUAUAGAAACUUUAAAAACAAUGCUACCGUGGCUCCACUGUAAGUGUUUUUUUUUUCCCUUUUGGGAACUGUUGCAGAAACUUUUAACCAUUUUUACCACAAAUGUAUAUCCACUCCAAUUGGUGGUUAGUAAUUCUCACAAACUACGACUAAUAAUUGGUAUCAAUAUUGACCCUUGAAGAAACAACAGUGGUCACCCGCUACCUCUAGCUUGUCAGCAAAGACUCAGAGACUGUUCUAUCCAUGAUUUUAAAGCCUUUAGUCAAAUUUACAAAGCUUUUAUUGUCUGUUUUGUGUUAAGGCCAUCAAAAGUGGUAAAAUUAUUGCCCAAACUGUCAUUUUCAUUAAAACACCUGUGUGUAUGUGCAUCUUCAGAUUAGGACGGCGUGUUACGGCUCUCAGCUGGUCGGAGGAGUUCUUUCCCGUAAAGAAGAAGCGGACGUCUCAUCCCAGCGGCUCGGGAAAAGUCUGCUGCUGUUUUCUGCUCAGCUCAGCCACUGCAGGACGGUGCUGAGGCUGUUCGAUGAUCUCUCCAUGCUGGCCUACUCUCAGGGUUAUGGGUUUGGAGGCAGGGUGAGGAACAGAAAAACAGUCUGCUCUGUUUUUGUCAUAAUAAUUAUUCAUAUCUUAGACAGGGGCUGUAUGUUUGCUCUUACUUGAUGUGUUAAUAUAGUCUCAACCGUGCGCUGCAGCAUUAAAACAUGUCAAUUUGACUCUAAAGGAGGAGGACGCAGGCGUACGCUGGAUCUCUGUGUUAAAUAACGUGGCCGACCAGCUGUAUUACCCCUGUGAACACAUCGCCUGGGCAGCAGACGCAGAGCUCAUCAAAGCAAAAUCUGACAAGUGGUGGCUGCUCUGCACGCUGCUGUGGGGAACGUCUCUGCUGCUGGGAAUACUCAGGUCAGACAUCACCUGUCUGCACACAAGAAUCAAACCUGAUCAGAUCUCUAUCAUCAAAUAACUGAGGGUCACUUAUACUUUCACUCAGACAUGUUUUACACUUCAUUACAGUUCUGAAUAUAGCUAUAAAGCGUUCCUCAAAUGAUCAAUGCAGUCCUAGUUAUUCAAGUAAAUAAAACAAAUCAUGGAAAUUACAGAGCCUCUGUGAAAUCAACUUUCUGAACCAACAGGCCACAAAGCAGCUUCUGUCAGAUUCAUUAAAAUGUCGUUCGUAUCUUUUUCUCUCUAGAUCUCUCAGAGUUUUGCUGCUGCUGAAGAAGAAGUUGAGGAAACGUGAGAGAGAUGGAGGUGGAAGCAGGUGUUGUAUCCACAGUUUUCUGCUAUUUAUUUACUCAUCAGUAAAUUUAGAAAAAAAGAUCUAGGUACACUGAGACAUUUCUCUUUAGAUGCUGAAAUCAAGUGUCAUAUUUGUGUUGUCCAUCUUGCAGUCACUCUCAGCUGCGCAGACAGAUGCGAGGAGAGCUGCUCUCAAUCAUCGGGGGUAUGGCCGACCUCAGCAAUGCCAUUCACUGGAUGCCGCCUGGCUUCCUGUGGGCGGGACGAUUCCCUAACUGGCUGGUGGGGCUCAUGGGUACCGUGUCAUCUGUGGUCGGUUUGAUCCAGAUGAGCAGCAACGGUGACAGCGAUCACACAGAGAGUAUAGAGUCAUAAACAAGCUGUGAGGGAUAGGCUGGGAAAGAGAUGGAAAUGUGGUCAAGCUUCAGUUUGACCGUCUGUGGGAGUUAAUGUUAAACUCCUCUCAAUAGAAACCACAAACUCCCAUGGCGUAUUAUCACAAGAUAAUGAAGAAACUUGUUAGACUGAGGCUGAAUCAGAGCCAAACCCUCAUCAGACAUCUUAGAUGCUCUAAAAACUUUAGAAAGCUGAAAAGAAGAAUUAUUGAUGAGAUAAUCCGUCAAAUGUUAAUUUCUCUUGGCUACUUUUCAUCACUAUUUCUCAGUAUUACAAUCACAAAGUCUGACAGUUUCUCAGAUUUAUGUGCUAUAAAAUGUAGAUGCUGGUACGUAAAGAGGCAGGCAGUUCCUCCUACUCUGUCACCGGGACAUUUUUUAGUGCAACCAAGUCUCCUAAAGCAACAGAUCCAUGUGGAGAAACAACCCCUUUGCCUGAGGAGUACAAGACUUCUCACAGUCUACAUCCUUGUUUUCAAUAUGCAAAGCGGUCUGAGACUUCACCGUGUACUGGGUGGCUCGCAGACUGAUUCUUCUAUGGAUCUUUAACACCAGAUUAAAGCGACAUGGAGACACUUAACCUUUUACAGUUCAGUUGAUCACCAAGGGAGGUCAGUGAACAAGAUGCUGAUUCAGGAUUGAUUUGUUUGAGGCUUCUGUAUUGAUUUACAGGGAAAAAAACAAUGGCUAUGGAGAGACAGGUACAUUAUUGCCUUAAAGAUACACUCCAUAAACCGACUUUCAAUCUUGCCUUUUCAUACAAAGCAGUUCUUUAAGCGUAAAUAAUUUUCACAUCUGUUUUGUAUUGAUUUUGGAUUCUCAGUGUUUUAACUUGUGUAUAUUCCUAGAGUGUAAUAUCCUAAAGCUACAAUACAGAAUCUAGUCUCACCUGAUUCAUAUGCAGUGCUGUUGUGCCGAAUCCUGAUAUUUGAUGAAAAUAAAACUGACAAGCAUUGUGCAGGUAGAACAGCUUAGAGACAACUUCGACAUUUUUUUUUUAAACAAAGUCUUCACCUGCUUAGAAUUUCAAAUGAACUUUAUGUAAAAAAUAUUUGUAUUAAUUACAGAAAAUCAGUUUUUAUAAAGAAUAAAAUGUGUUACUUUUUUUCAAAG